AUGGAUUUCGAAGUAGAGGGUGUCAAAGUUCCUGAGGGGGGGGUGGUAAUUGUGGAAGACCGGCACUGCACACACCCACUUAUUAUAGGCAUGUAUGUGAUAUUGGGUUGUUGGGAUGCAGUUUUUAAAUGUCCCAAGACGUCACCCCUCCAGCAUCUCAAAAAGCAGAAGGUGUGGAGGGAUGCGUUUGCCACAUGCUCCCGUAUAGAGGCUGUAGCUUCUAGAGAUGGCUUUCUGGGUAAUGUGAGAUUAGCCUCCCUAAAGAGUGUCACUGUUCCCCCAAGAAGUGAGUUGUUGGUGUGGGGGCGGGCCAAGAGUGGGCCACGUGGGGUAAACUACAGCGCCCUGGUAGAGGCUAUGCCUGAUGCUGGUGCCAUAGGUGUCGCCAAAACACUGGUUUUGGUGAAGGGUGGUAGGCUGCCCCUCCGUGUCUGUAACCCUCAUCCCUACAGCGUCUCCUUAAGUCGUUUUGAGAAACUAGGGCGGAUGUCCAGUAUAGAGGAUGGAGAUGUGCCCGGGGCUGAGGAUCUCUGUCUGUCCCUGGUAGAGGAGGGUGUUGUAGAAAUGUCUCUGAUUAAGACAGCAGUCUCUCAUCCAGGCCCAGAAUUGCCCCCAGAAGUUGGAGACUUGAGCGAUCACGCAGACCUAACAGCGCAACAACGGGAGCAGCUACGCAUCCUACUGGCCAAGUGGGAGAAAGUGUUUGCCCAACACGAGGACGAUUUUGGAAGGACCAACCUCGUGCAACACCAAAUUCCAACUGGAGACGCCGCCCCGGUCAGGGAGAGAUACAGGCCCAUCCCACCCUCAUUAUACAAGGAACCAGCGCUGGCCUAUUCUGCUGUAGCAUCCCUCCCCUGUCACAAAUGA